GGCAUGGCUGCCCCCUGCUCCGCGGCUCUGGACUGACUGUUAACGCGGCCAGGAAGCUCGAGCUGUCUCCGAGCGACAGGGGGCCCGCGCCGGCCACCACGCUUUCCAGGUCCGAGGCCCUAGUCUCCUGUCGGUCCACAAGGCUCGGGCUCUGAGGAGAAUGGACCUUUCUUUGGAUAUGUGGGACUUCUCACCUUUAGUAUCAUUAUGGAUAAACAGGUUUUACAUUUAUUUGGGCUUUGCCUUUGGCAUUAGCCUUUGGAUUUGUGUGCAGAUUGUCAUCAAGAAGCAGGUCAAGAAAUCACAGGACAAAUCUGUACCAAAAGCAGGUCGGGAUUUUGUGACAAAUGGUUAUAUCUCCCUUGAAAAGAAGGAAAUCUUUGUGUCUGGAGUGAAGAUUUUCUAUGGUUCCCAGACUGGUACUGCAAAGGGAUUUGCAACAAUUCUUGCCGAAGCUGUUUCCUCUCUGGAUUUGCCCGUGACAGUUAUUAAUCUUAAAGAAUAUGACCCAGAUGAUCAUCUCGUGGAAGAGGUUACUAGUAAAAAUGUCUGUGCCUUCCUGGUUGCUACGUAUACUGAUGGCCGACCAACUGAGAGCGCAGAGUGGUUCUGCAGAUGGCUAGAGGAAGCAUCCAGUGAUUUUCGAUUUGGCAAAACUCACCUGAAGGGUAUGAGAUAUGCGGUAUUUGGCCUGGGAAAUUCUGCCUAUGUGAAACACUUCAACAAGGUUGGCAAAAACGUAGAUAAGUGGCUCUGGAUGCUCGGUGCUCACCGUGUGGUGACUCGAGGGGAGGGUGACUGCCAUGUGGUUAAAAGCAAGCAUGGUAGCAUCGAAGCUGACUUCAGAGCUUGGAAGGCCAAGUUCAUCUUCCGGCUCCAGGCACUUUGUAAAGGAGAGAAAGAGUCCUGUGGCGGCAGCUGCAAGAAAGGCAAAUGUAAAUCUAACCAGCGUGGCUCAGAGGAAAUGGAGCCAGGGUCUCCCACCCAAGACGAGCUGCAGCACAGAGACACCGAGGAGGACGAGCCCUGUGACAACACCAGUGAGGAAGAGUUUGGUGCUGGGGACCGUUGGAGCCCAGAUUCUGUGGUUGAUGUUGAGGAUCUUGGCACAAUCAUGGAUCACGUGAAGAAAGAAAAGAGAGAAAAGGAGCAGCAGGAAGAGAGAACUAGUUUGUUCAGGAACACAGGGAAGAAUGAAGAUGAUGAAAGAAGAGCUAUGAUAACUCCUGCUCUCCGAGAAGCCCUUACUAAACAAGGUUAUAAGUUGAUUGGGAGCCACUCUGGGGUGAAGCUUUGCAGGUGGACAAAGUCAAUGCUCCGAGGAAGAGGAGGUUGUUAUAAACAUACAUUCUAUGGCAUUGAAAGCCAUCGCUGCAUGGAAACCACCCCAAGCUUGGCAUGUGCAAAUAAAUGUGUCUUCUGUUGGCGGCACCACACCAAUCCCGUGGGCACUGAGUGGCGGUGGAAGAUGGACCAGCCUGAAAUGAUCUUAAAGGAAGCCAUCGAAAACCAUCAGAACAUGAUCAAGCAGUUCAAAGGAGCACCAGGUGUCAAAGCAGACCGCCUUGAAGAAGCGAUGAGGGUGAAGCACUGCGCGCUGUCCCUUGUGGGAGAGCCCAUCAUGUACCCAGAGAUCAACAGGUUUUUGAAGCUGCUCCAUCAGUGUAAGAUCUCCAGUUUCCUGGUCACAAAUGCACAGUUCCCUGUAGAAAUCAGAAACCUCAAGCCAGUUACUCAGCUAUAUGUCAGUGUGGAUGCUAGCACCAGAGAUAGCCUGAAGAAAAUUGACCGCCCACUCUUUAAGGAUUUCUGGGAAAGAUUCCUUGACAGUUUAAAAGCCUUGGCAACAAAGCAACAGCGCACCGUCUACAGACUGACGCUGGUGAAAGCCUGGAAUGUGGAUGAGCUGCAGGCCUACGCCCAGCUUGUGUCCCUGGGGAAUCCUGACUUCAUUGAGGUGAAGGGUGUUACCUACUGUGGAGAAAGUUCUGCCAGCAGUCUUACCAUGGCCAAUGUGCCCUGGCAUGAGGAGGUGGUACGAUUUGUCCGAGAGUUGGUGGAUCUGAUCCCCGACUAUGAAAUUGCGUGUGAACACGAACAUUCUAAUUGCCUCCUGAUAGCACACAAUAAGUGUGAGACCCCUGGGUCACUCCUGCCACCCCAGAUGGACUUUGGACUUCCCAGCCUCAGAAACUGUUUUAAGAUUGAUGGAGAAUGGUGGACAUGGAUCAAUUACAACCGCUUCCAGGAGCUCAUCCAGCAGUAUGACGAUAGUGGUGGGUCACAGACCUUUGGUGCAAAGGAUUAUAUGGCCAGAACUCCUCACUGGGCAUUGUUCGGUGCCAGUGAAAGAGGCUUUGAUCCCAAGGAUACAAGAUAUCAGAGAAAGAACAAAUCAAAGGAUAUUUCUGGAUGUUGAGCUUAUCUGACUUUAGGGCACUGAAGGACAAAAACUGGAUGGCCCCAGAAGGUUCUUGGACUCCUGUGAUUUUUCCAAGGACAAAUUACAUGAAUGACAUUUCAUAUAGUUGAGACUAAAGUAGCAUGCAGGGAUACAAGUCCCGCACCUGGCAGGCUGGAGAGAUGGCAUCCACCCUUACAGUGUCUGGACUCAGCCACAGCUUUUCUUACCAGAACUCAGUCACUUUCCUGAUUUUAUUUCUGAGAGGAAAAUCGUUUUGGGGGGGAAGUACACAGUCAUUACUGGAAUUUAACUCAUAGUUUUGAAUUACAUUUUAGUAAGACUUCCUGGAAUGCUGUCUACAAGAACGUUACACAAGGAGCAAACGUCUGUGCUCUUCUUCUUCCUGGCUGGUGGCUCGCUGUUGAGCAGCUGCUCAGCACUGCCUUGUCCUCCCUUCUGAGAGAAGAGUGUGGCCCCUCUCACAUCCUAACACAUGCUCAGGAGGUGUCCUCCCACAUUUUCAUAAUUCUCAGAUACUUUUAAAUACUGCAGUGAUUACUUUAAAUCUUUGCUUAUUACCAACCCUUUAUGAAAUUGCAUUGGAUCUAAAACUACACUAGAUCUUAUCAUGUUCCUGUACAAAUUACCAUAGAAGGUAAUAUGUAUGGGCUGGAUUGGAGUAAAACUCUCUUCUGUAAGAGCAAUUGCCAUGUGAUACGUUAAGUGAUUAGUCUCAGAGACACACUUUGGAACAAGGAGCAUGAUUUGCUUUUGUUUAUGAGUCACUGUCCCGCCUCUCGCGCUGCACGUACAGCAGGCCUCCACCUUUCACUCCUGCGGCCCUCGCUGCUUUACACAAUCUGUUCUCUAAGGUGCACACUUAUUCUGAUUGAAAACAUCAUACUCAAUAGUUUUUUUUUUCAGGUUGUCAAAGUUUUUUAAAAUUCCUUUAUCCAGGAGUUGAAUUAUACAAUAAUCAUUUGUAAGGACCAGAGCAUGACUUUUCUUUUAAAGUGCUUAUUUUAGUGAUAUCCUGGUCCCAUAGUUCUAAGCCGUAUCAGACCCACCUCCUCCUUAUAUAUCUGCUAUUUUAUAACACCCUCUAUGCUGAAGUAAAAUUCAUAGAUAAUAUCAUCUACAUACCCACUUUUUGAAAACUGGGCACCAUAUUUAUUUCUAAGUGGUAGAGUCAAAUACUUCUCUCUGUUGGGACAUGGGUUGGUGAAUAUAGGAAAAACCACCUGUUUUUCUCUCUGUACUUCACCCCACUCUUAAUACUUCACUUCUGCCAUCACAUGUGUGGGGUUUUUUUCUCCACAUUGACUAACGCUCAGACACCAGCUGGGUGUUCUACAGUUCAGUCCAGUUCUGACACUAACUGGAGUUAACACACACCCCACAUUUAAGGUCUCAGUCUCAAAGGACUUCUCCUCACUUCAGACAUCAGUUGCAAGUGGUAGGUCCCCAGGGUACCCACAACUUCUGUCUGACUAUAAAUUGGAGAUUCCGGGCCGACCCCGUGGCACACUUGGCAGAGUGCGGCGCUGGGAGUGCAGCAACGCUCCCGCCGCGGGUUCGGAUCCUAUAUAGGAAUGGCUGGUGCACUCACUGGCUGAGUGCCGGUCACGAAAAAGACAAAAUAAAUAAAUAAAUAAAUAAAUUGGAGAUUCCCAUGACCCCCUUCUUGGAUUUGGUAACGUCCUAGGGUGGCUCACGGAACUCAGGAAAACAGUUUACCUACUGUUGCUGAUUUAUUACAAAGGGUAUUUUAAAGGAUACAAGUAAACAGCCAGAUGAGGAGAUACAUAGGGUAAGGUCUGGAAGGGUUUGGAGCGCGGGAGCUUCUGUCCCUGUGGAGCUGGGGUGUGCCAUCCUCCCAGCACAUAGACGUGUUCACCAUCCUGGAUGCUCUCUGCACCCUGCAGUUGAGGGAGCACACAGGCAUGAUCACUCUCCAGCCCCUAUCCCCUACCUGGAGGAUGGGGGUGGGGCUGAAAGUCCCAUGUUUCUAAUUAUGGCUUGGUCUUUCUGGUUACCAGCCCCAUCCAGCAGCCCACCAAGAACAAGCCCAACUCGUUAGAACAAAAGGCACUAACUACUAUUACCCAAGAAGUUCCAAGGGAUUGAGGAACUCUUUCAGGAAACGGGUCAAGAGCAAUUAUUAAAACAAAAAAUGCACUCAGCACUCCUGUCACUCAGGAAAUUACAAGAGUUUUAGGAGCUUUGUGCCAGGAACUGGGGACAGAGACCAAAUAUAUAUUUCUUAUGUCAUGGAUGGGAUAGUGAUAAAGUAUAACAGAAAUCAUGUGUUCUUUCUUGAGCU